AUGGCAGCAGUAAUAAAUGCUCGCCCUGGGUCGUCUACGCCAACUAGUAUGGGUGACGCGAAACCAGUGCUAUUGCAUAAGAUCGAAGGCCAAGUGGCUCGUGUGAAUGCGAUCUUCUUGUUGACAAAAGAGGAUGGUGUGAUUACGAUCAGUGAUGAUCGUUCCAUAUGUAUUUGGUUGAAACGGGACAAUGGACAGUUCUGGCCAUCCGUUAAUCAUUUUAUGCCUUUCGCCCCGACGGCACUCUGCUUUACCGAGCAAACUCUCAAGUUACUGGUUGGUUUAACAAAUGGAACUCUGUAUGAGUUUACAGUGGCCGAGGAUAUGAAUAGUAUAAGUGAGACACGAAAUUGGGAUGUUCAUACGAUCACCGUAACGGCUGUUUUGUUUUCGAUUCAAGCCGAACUUAUUUUUAGUUGUAGUAAAGAUAAAUCGCUGGUGUGGCAUUGCUCCGAAACUUCUGUUAAACUUGGAACUUAUUUGUGUGAGUCGAGUUGUAUGGCGCUUCAGUUUGAUGCAGCGUCGAAAUUUAUGUUUUUGGGUGAUGGCGGUGGGAACAUUAAUUUGUUACGAUUGAACGACGCUGAAGCACAAUUCGUAACGAAGCUCUCGGCGCAUACUGGUUCCAUAACAUCACUGGAAUGGGAUUGUGCUCGACAAAUGCUGUUUUCUGCGUCCACAGAUCAUUUGGUGAUAAUGUGGGACAUCGGAGGAAAGAAGGGGCAGGCGUUUGAGUUGAAUGCUCACGAUGCGAAACUGUCGUGUUUGGCGUAUGCGGAUGGUGCGAAUCGUUUGUUUUCGGCCGAUGAGAAUGGAACAUUGGUUUGUUGGGAUAUGAAGGCGAAGCGAAUCGAAACACCCGAAUGGAAGACGAGUGAUAAUUGUCAGUUGUGUGAUGCACCGUUCUUUUGGAAUAUCCGUGCGAUGUGGGAUAGAAAGGUAUUCAUUUCAUUGCAUAUGUAG